GAAAGUGCAACCCUGGAUUCUUCUGUCCUACGGGUCAGACUGAGGCAAACCCCAGUUCAUUUGUGUGCCUGGCGGGUCACUAUUGUGAGGAGGGCUCGCCCACCUCGACCGCCUGUCCGACCGGAACCUUCUCUAACUCCACGGGCAACACCAACGUCUCUGAUUGUAAACCCUGUACACCAGGGUACUACUGUGACAGCCCAGGGUUGAUAGAAGAGAAUGGCAUGUGUGAUGGAGGUUUCUACUGUCCCGAGGGACAGACGACAGCAACACCUUCUGCCUACAGAUGUCCUAUGGGAGAUUAUUGUCCCCAGGGCAGCCCCGCUCCUGUCGUCUGUGAGAGAGGCUCCUAUAACUAUUUGGAUGGUCAGGCUACAUGCCUGCCUUGUCCUGAGAGAUUCUACUGUGAUCCCCAUGACCUUGGUAACGUGACUGGAAUCAUCAGUCCUGUCAAUUGUCCGCAAGGUUACUACUGCCCAACUAGCACACAAUACAACUACCAGAACCCAUGUCCCUCCGGCUCUUACGGCAGCGUGGAAUUAUUGGCAUCAGAUUCCGAAUGCUUUCCCUGUGAUCCUGGUAAGUACUGCCAGACACCAGGACUAACAACUUUUGAAGGACCGUGCAGUGCCGGCUACGUAUGCAGUUUUGGUGCCAAUAGUUCUACACCGACUGAUGGGACGACCGGACGUCCUUGUCCAGAGGGGCAGUACUGCCCCGAGGGAUCCAGCACAG